AUGAAUCCAACGAAGAAGGUGCUGUCCAGAUCGGACAACGGUAACACGGCGGAGUGUCAAUUGACUUUACGAUUGUUAGACAUGUUGCAAAAAACACAGUACGAGCUGGUUCAAGAGAACGGCCAACGUCGUUUGACCGCGCCGGAGAUCACUCGCGGGGAGAAACAACGCAUAAAAGGGGCCGAAAUUUUUCUCGGACGUUUGCCACGCGAUUGUUACGAAGACGAAUUGAUGCCGAUCCUUCAAUCGGUCGGUCGUCUGAUCGAAUUGCGUUUAAUGCUCGACUUUUCCGGGUCCACCCGCGGUUACGCGUUCGCGUUGUUCGAGAAUUCGAAGAUCGCCAGAACCGCGUGUAUGAAACUCAACGGUUACGAGAUCAGACCGGGCCAUCAUAUCGGUGUCGUGAAAUCGAUCGAUAAUUGCCGGCUAUUUUUCGGCGGUGUGCCGAAAGACAAAAGCAAGGAAGAGUUCUUGGAGGAACUGAACAAGAUCCUCGACGGGAUCGUCGAUAUUUAUUUGUAUCCGAGUGGCCACAAUAAAACGCAGAAUCGUGGUUUCAUUUUCGUCGAGUUUAAGGAUCACAGAGCGGCCGCGAUGGCGAGAAGGAAAUUAAUACCGGGGAAAGUUAUGUUAUGGGAGCACGAGAUUGCAGUCGAUUGGGCCGAUCCUGAGCCUGGGGAUCCCAUUGACGAGGAAAUUAUGGAAACGGUUACCGCUCUCUUCGUGCGAAACCUGUGCAUAGAAACGCCGCAACAGAAAAUUCGAGACAUAUUUCAGAAGACGACAAAGAUCCCGGUAUUGAAGUUAAAAAAAAUUAACCACUUCGCGUUCAUCCAUUACGAAAAUCGUCGAACAGCUCAGACCGUAAUGAACAUUAUGACACAACCGAAUGGUGUCGCUGAGGCAGAAGGUUGGGAAAUACGUUGGGCGAAACCGAUCGGAGCGACGAAAAUUUUGGAAAGGCAACGAUGCAUCAACGAGGCAGUGGCGAAGUCGUAUCCCAGUAAAUGCGAACAAAAUCAUGGCAAGCAUUCUUUAACGAAAACAGUUAACACCCAACCUUGCACGGUGGACAUAAACGAUAAUGUUAUAAAAGAUGUAUCCUCGGAGCAUAUGAUCACUUUGCAAAAGUUUAUUGAGAACAAGUUCAACGCGUCGUGCAUUUUCAACUGUGCAUAUAUGGAAGGCAUGUUUAUGUGCAAAAUAACUAUUCUCAAAGACGAGAAAUUUCUCUGCGAGUAUCACGGAGAUUUGAUGCCCACGAAACAAAAUGCGAUCGUCGAGGCCUGCUCGCAGAUGUAUCAGUUUAUUUCUACUAGAUUUCAUAAUUUCAUGAUGCAACAGAAUGAGCUCGUCUACAUGAACCAGAAGUUAGGCAAUCAUCCAGCAAUUGGAUCGGAACUUCGCUGGGUUAAUAAAACGAACUCCUACUAGAUUCUUAAAUAAUUCAUUACUCAACCUUGCAAAGAUCAUACAUAUUAUUUAUAACGUAGAGAUCCGAAAGCAUGAUAGUAAAAGAUCGAGAUAAUUUUAGAAACUCGAAUUCAGAUUUAAUUAAUUAAUUGCGUUUAAAUCUGUAACAUGAAAUUAAAAUUCAUUGUAAACAAAUAUUUUUAUACUUCGAAUUGAGUCUUGACUCAGUGUCUGAAAGAUGUUUGAGGAAACGAUUCGAUUUUGAUUUAAUUAUUUUAUAAAUGAGGAGCACGUUUUUAAGUAUCAUAGAAAAUACACCAUUACAAAAUAUCGUGCGACUGUUUCUACUCGAUGAAAGAGAUUUUUCACUAUGAUAUUUAUAAAACAAAAAUAAAGCUUAGAGCAGGCGUGACUUUUAAUACUGAAGCUUGGAAAAAAUGAACUGUAUGCUAAUUCAGAAAAUCUGGCAAUCACAGGUUC